GUGCAUUUCGUGUGAAAGUAUUAACAUUUCUAUAAUAACGUUUGUCGGUAAUUCGUUUUAAUUACUAUUUAUCUUUUGGGGUAUAUUUGAAAUUUGGGAAUAUUUCUUAAUAAAAAUAUUAGUGACAAAAAAUGAAUUAGAACAAUUACUAUAAAAUCAUCUCAAUUCAUUUUAUCACUAUAUAAAUAUUUAAACAUUUUUAUCUCAAAAACGCGCUUAAAACUUUUUAAUACUAAACAAAUCACACCUCCAUCAACAAAAUAACAACCGUCAGAACCAGUAAAUUGGUUCCGAUUCCCACACCAUUUCAAAACAUUACAAACGCAGGUUGGUUAUAAUUCAAUCGACAAUCAACACGAUCUUGCAGCGCAGAAAGAUCGCGUUCACAGCACGACUUGCUGAAUUAAAAAUUUAAUUUAUUCUUGAUUCUAUGAAAUAAUAGAAUACUAGAAAUAGUAAAAUUUGGAUGCACAUAAAUUUUCGUUGAUCGGUUUUGUCGCGUGCCGCGCAUGUGUAAAUCUAAAAGUGAAGGGGGUUUAAAGCAGGGACGUAACGACAAACCCCCUUGCAUUCAGUGAAUUAUCGGAACCUGAGAAGUGCUGAAGGCGGGCAUCGUCAGAGUGCAUGUGCAAGAACCCGAUCGAUAUCAACAUUUGGAAAGAUGACGACCACAACCGCCACUGCAACUCCUCACAAAAGUCCGAGGAAGCGAUACAUUUUCCCUACGAACCUUACGGACCUAAAUCGAUUUCGAAAAACCGUUCAUGGUCAUGAUGGCUCCAGCAGGAUUGUUAUGGUACGAAAAACCGAUCAAAGGACUUUCGCUUCAAUGAAAAAAGGAGAGCAGCCUAAAUUGGAAACUAUUACAAGAGAAACAAUAGAAACAUUCAGAGGACCCAAAACUGAAUACAAAGUAACCACCGAGAAAAGGGACGAACAAAAAUCUACUGAAGACCUUAUUAUCUCUAUUGUUUCUAAAAAGAAGAAACCUCAAAAAACGAUAACACCAAGGAAAAGAAAACCAAUAAUGGAUUUCAACGAAGAGUGUCUUAAAGCCCACAAUCAAUACAGAGAAAAGCACGAUGCUGAACCAUUAAAAUUAAACGCGGAAAUGUGUAAAUCUAGUCAAUCGUGGGCAGAUGAACUGAUGAAAAGGGGUGUUUUAGAACAUAGCCCUGGAACUAAAUACGGCGAAAAUAUUUAUUGCGUUCAAUCUACUAAUGUCAAUUUUAUCGUUCCUGGUAAUGAACCAGUUGAUAACUGGUACAAAGAAAGUAAAAUGUUUAUAUUUGGUGAAGAACCGUUUGAUUUAUCAUCCGGUCAUUUUACUCAAGUAGUUUGGAAAGACUCCAAACAUUUAGGUAUUGGUAUGGCGAAGCAAAAUGGCAGAGUUAUAGUCGUUUGCAAUUAUUAUCCUCCUGGAAAUGUAGUCGGAGAGUUUUCAAACAACGUAUUUCCUAUAACUACACAUUCCGAUGACUCGACGUCAUUAGAACAAAGUUUAUCAAAUCUUGUCGUAAAUUCAGAACACAACGAAGUACAGCCUACACCAAAAGAAUCUGAGUCUAAAAAAAUUAAUGAUAUCGUUAAAGGUGAUUUCCAAAAUGAUUUUUUAAUAGCGCACAAUGAUUACAGAGCCAAACACGGUGUCGAAGGUUUAUUGCUGGACGAAAACCUUUGCAAACAAGCUCAAAAAUGGGCGGAAGAUUUGGCUGCACGUAAUGUGUUGGAACAUCGUAAAAACUCACCCUACGGGGAAAAUAUUUAUUGUAUGUACUCCAGUGAUCCCAAUUUCAAAAUAACUGGACAUACUCCAGUUGAUACUUGGUACGAAGAAAAAAAAGAUCAUCCGUUUGGAAAAGAACCAACCAGUUUAAAAACUGGUCAUUUUACUCAAGUUAUUUGGAAAAACAGCAAACUUUUAGGAGUUGGUUGGGCUAAAAGUAGACAAGGUUAUAUUUAUGUUGUUGCAAACUAUAAUCCAGCGGGUAAUUUUGUUGGAGAAUACGUUAAGAACGUUCCGGAUGUCAUCGACGAAACUCAAAAUCAAUUAAAGCAGGAAAAUGGCGAUCAUGCCGCUGCCAAUUCAUUGUUGGAUGGUUCACCUCUUUCGGAGAUAAGUAGUGAAUUUUCUCAGUUCCAACUUGAUGCUUUAAAAAUUCAUAAUGAAUUUAGAAGAAAACAUGGAGUACCGCCAUUAAAAUUGAAUAAAGAGUUAUGUGAUCAGGCAAAAUCUUGGGCGACUGAAUGUGCAAGAUUAAAACAAAUGUCCCAUCGUCGCAAUAACAAAUACGGCGAAAAUAUAUUUUCGAUGUACUCAUCAGAUUUUAGUCACGAACCAUCUGCUAGAGAUGUUAUUAGAAAAUGGUAUGAUGAAGUAGAAGAGUACACUUUUGGAGCGGAAAAAAUUAAUUUUGGAACGUUACACUUUACUCAAGUUGUAUGGCGUGGUACCACUGAAUUCGGAAUUGAUAUGGCUAAAAAUGAUAAAGGGUAUACCUACGUUGUUGCAAAUUAUAAACCACGUGGAAAUAUUGUUGGUCAAUUUGUUGCGAAUGUAUCUGCCCCAAAAAUUAAAUCCCAAUGGUCCGUCCCUAAAUAGCCUACAACGUCAUCAAAGUUUAUGCCAAAGUUAUGCAGUAUUAUAUGCCAUUCCAGUGCUUUGUAAAGAUCAGGUAAAUAAAUUUGGUUUUAAGCACAUCAAGUAAUUAACACGCACUCGUUUUGUGUGAUAAAUUAUUAUUAAUUUUGAUUCAUCGUAUCAAACGGGAAUAUAUUUACCAAAGAAGUAAUUAAAAAUAACUUGUUAUAUAAAAUAUUAUGCACAUUGUAUUAUAGUAUUUAAUAUAGAACUGAGAAGAUUUGUGAUAAUUAUUAUGGUAAUUAAUAUUGUUCCAAUCACGAUAAACAAUCACUAAGCUUCUAUAAUAUCUAUGCAUGUUUAUUAACUUAAUAAAAUGAAUGUAAAAUUUUAAUUUUAGACGCUAUGUAUACCAAUUAAUUUUCUACUUUUUGAUAUAUACAUUUAUCUACAUUUUGCUGUAUAGGAUUAAUUCCCUACAUAUCUUAAUAUUUAAAACAAGUAUUUCUUAUAAUAUUUAUGUUAACGCACUGAUAAUUAAUUAAUUAAUUAAUUUACCCUUGUAUGUAUGUAAAUAUUUUUGGGUGAUGUGAUGGAAUUGAAUACUACACUAUGUUGAUAAGAUAAGACUGCAAACAGGGAAAUUUAUAUCUUCCAAUAGAACAGUAUGCCAAAGACUAUAAAUUCUUUGACUAUAAAUCGCAAUUUUAUCAGUACACGCAAUAAUAAUUUAAGUAUCAAUCUCAAUUAAAAAUAAUCUUGUUGAAACGCAAUUAAAUAAUAUGAAAUAUUAUGACCAGUGUUGUUACAAUAUAAUCAUGUUUAAAUAAACGUUACCAUUACA